AUGAUGACGCAGCCGUUUCCUGCCCACCAAGGCAUGCCGCAACAUGGGUUUCCCCCAGGUCACCCAAUGGCUGCGCAACAUCCAAAUGGACAUCCGGGCGCUGGAAUGGUACAGCAAAUGCAUCCCGGUGUGUCUGCGCCGGGAGGACCUCAAGUCAGCCAAGCGGGCCCGAUGAUGGGUGGUAUGCCCCCGGGCGCUGGAACAGCUGGUCCUGGCGGUCCUGGCCCCAAUGCUCAUGCCCUUUCCCACCUGAAUCCCGCGCAGGCGCACAUGCUUCAGAACCCCCAAUUCCAACAAAAUUUCGCAAACAACCCCCAUCUAUUACACCAGCACCAACAGCAGCAGCAGCAGCAACAAUUAAUGCGGCAACGAAUGAUGCUCCAACAUCAACAGCAGCAACAACAGCAGCAGCAGCAGCAACAACAACAGCAGCAGCAGCAGCAACAACAGCAACAGCAGCAACAACAACAACAACAGCAGCAGCAUGGUCUCCCCGUAUCAAUGCCUAAUGGCACACAGGGACUCAAUGCUGCUCAAAUCGCUGCAAUGCAAGGGAACCCUGGAAUGCGACCUGUCAACAUGAUGCACCUUCAGCAGCAAAUGCCACAUGGCCAGCCGCCAACUCUUCAACAACAGCAGCAAUUUUUUGCUAUUCAGCAGGCUCAGCAGCAGGCACAACAGGCUCAGCAGCAGGCUCAACAUGCUCAACAACAGGCAAAUAAUGGACAGUCAGGCCAACAUACCCCGCAGCGUACAUCGGCACAACCCCCCAAUAUGCACGAACAGAGCGCCACUCCACAGUCGCAGCAUGGCGGACCAGGAGGCGGCACACCACAACCUCAACCCUCUCAGCCGCCAUCAAGUCAGCCCCCGCAAUCGCAGGGACCGCCUCAAGCCCAGGCAACCCCCAACCCGCCAUCGCAGCAAUUGCCGCAGUCUCAACAGCAGGUUCAACAGGGACAGGCUGGUCCGCAGCCGCAACCUCCCCAGAGUGUCCAGGGGCAGCAGCCCGGUCCUCAGAAUCAGCAGAUGACAGCCCAGGAGGUUCAGUUGAAAACACAGCAACACCAGAAUGCUAUUAUGAUGCAACAACAGCAGCAGCAGCAAAGGAAGACCAACGCAAUCUUGACUAUUCAUGCCUAUGCCGAGCAUCUGGGCAACUUCCAACCUCGCAACGAAACACAGGAUUUUCUAUAUUGGCAAUCGUUCGUCGAUCGUUUCUACUCUCCUGUAGGUGUCUUGCGGCAGGGUGUUUGGAACAACUCAAUUGGAUCAAAACAAUUUGAAAUCGCGACCCCCGCACUGCCACGUUAUUAUUUUACCCAAUUCGCCAGCGGGAUUAGUCAAAUUCAGAUGGUGGUGGAAGGUGCUCGCGAGCGGGAAUCUCACAAUGGAGGGCAUUACGUGGAAGCCCCAAAAUGUUCAUUCAUUUAUUGGUUCAAGAAUGAGUGCCAGCUUUUCACUAAUGGCUCGCUGCGCGCGCAUUUCGAUAUGCACAACAAGCUUGAGAUGCUCGACAUUAGUGUCGUUAGCCACAACGAGUUCAUUCCGCGAUCAUUGUUACUAGCCAUGGAGGCAGAUUCUCUAAAGCAAAGCCCGAAAGUCGCGAAGAACUCAAAACGUGCCCUGCCCAAGCAAACACAGUCAUUGGUGCCAGACUCCAACGUGACUGCAAAUGGUGUGCCCACUUCAGUCAUGGGAUUCAUGGAAGUGGCUGAAACUAUUUCUGCGAUGCAAAUGCUGUUCCAAUUUUCCCAGGCAAAUCCGCAACUAUCACCUCCUGACGCUUUGCGGAAUCUUGUCAACACUCUCCAGGCACAAAAUCCCAAUCCAGGAUUUGUGCCAACUCCCGAUGCCCAUGAACCAGGGCAUGAAUCCAAACAUGAACCCAGGUAUGAACCCAGGCAUGAAUCCCAACAUGAACCCGGGUAUGAACCCAGGUAUGAAUCCGGGCAUGAAUCCGGGCAUGAGUCCAGUCCGAGCAUGAAUCCAGGCAUGAACCCAGGCAUGAAUCCAGGCAUGAACCCAGGCAUGAACCCAGGCAUGAACCCAGGCAUGAACCCAAGCAUGAACCCAGGCAUGAACCCAAACAUGAACCCAAGCAUGAACCCAGGCAUGAACCCAGGCAUGAACCCAAACAUGAACCCAAACAUGAAUCCAGGCAUGAAUCCAGGCAUGAAUCCGGGGAUGCACCCAGGCAUGAGUCCGGGCAUGAAUCCAGCCAUGCACCCAGGCAUGAAUCCGGGUAUGAAUCCGGGUAUGAAUCCCGGUAUGAACCCGGGCAUGAACCCGGGCAUGCAAACUAUGCAAAAUGUUCGGGGACAUAGCAUGGGCGCUCCAUCACAGUUUGCAUCGCCGGCUAUGGCCCAUCUUGGUCUUCCCGGGCAGCAAGGCUCGCCUCAUCUGACUGGCUCAGCACAUGCGAGCCCAGCCCAAAGCAAUCUUGCCGGUCCCCCCGGAAUGCAACCACCAAUGCAGCCAUCCCCGGCUGGCUUGAACAACAGUCCAAAUGUAGGUGGCAACAAACGUCGCCGGGCAAGCACCGUCAAAAUGGAAUCCGAGGACGGUGGUGGAGUUGAAGCUAACGGCGCUCCGCAACAGGGCUCAGCGAAAAUAAAGGCUAGCCCUCGGGUGCCGAAGCGACAAAAAGGGCGCCGCCGCCUAAUCAUGUUGGGAGUUUGGUUUGCUUCCCCUUGCUUUCAUUUUCCCUCGCCGUCUUCAAGCGGUGUGGGACCGGCGUACGACUGGAUACCUGGGCGAGGCACGUCGCGCCCCCUCUUGUUUGUUUACUCCUCAUCUAGGUCUUUUAUCCCAUUGAAAGAUCUAUCUUGCUUUUUGGCACAUGACGACUCAAUUCACAAUCGACGGGAUUUAAUCAGUGCUUGA